UGCAGAAGCAAWCCCAUUGGACGUCAACCUGCCAGUUUCCUGACGAAAGCAAUAUUUCAGGAAAGGACAUCCAACGUGCAGAACGGUUUGYGGGAUGGCGGGUCCCAGAAAGAUUGCGUCAUUUCGCCUGCCUCCCCUGCCCACCAUUGGGGAGGUAAUCAAACUGUACAACCUGCGAGCAGAGAAACAGCUGUCCCAGAACUUUCUACUGGACAUGAGGCUCACAGAUAAGAUUGUGCGCCAGGCAGGCAGUCUGAGGGACGCCCAUGUGUGUGAGGUGGGUCCUGGACCUGGAGGUCUGACCCGCUCCAUCCUCAACGCUGGGGCUGCAGACCUGCUGGUGGUGGAGAAGGACAACCGCUUUAUACCUGGACUGCAGCUCUUGUCUGAAGCAGCACCAGGGAAGCUCAGGGUUGUCCAUGGUGACAUACUCACAUACAGAAUGGACAGAGGAUUCCCAGAUGUCAUAACCAAGGCAUGGGAGGAUGAUCCGCCGGACCUGCAUAUCAUAGGGAACCUUCCCUUCAGUGUGUCCACUCCUCUCAUCAUCAAGUGGCUGGAGAACAUAUCCAACAGAACUGGACCAUUUGUUUACGGCCGGACCAGACUCACCCUUACCUUUCAGAAAGAGGUGGCAGAAAGGUUGACAGCCAGCACAGCCAGCAGACAGAGGAGUCGUCUGUCCAUCAUGGCCCAGUACCUCUGUACUGUAAAGAGCUGCUUCACCAUCCCAGGACGGGCCUUCAUCCCCAAACCUGAGGUGGACGUGGGGGUGGUACACUUCACACCACUGGCUCAGCCCCAGAUCCAGAAGCCCUUUAAGCUGGUGGAGAAAGUAGUCAGGAACGUCUUCCAAUUCCGGAGGAAGCGCUGCCGCAAAGGAAUCGAAAUGCUGUUCCCAGAGGCGCAACGGCUGGAGCUGGCGGAGGUAAUGAUGCGUGAGGCGGACGUGGACCCCACCCUGCGCCCCACGGAGCUCUCCAUCCCUGACAUCAGAGCCCUGGCAGACGCCUACAGCCACCUCUGCUCUGAGAACCAGGGUCUCCUCACCUACGACUUCAGAGAGGAACUCCGACUCAAACACCUUAACAGACGCCCGGGCAGCAGCUCUAAUGGUACUCAGCAGCCAGUCUGACAGAGAGAUGCUUAAAGGGCAGAGUGGAAGGAACGCCUAAAGGUCUCUGUUAGUGACGAGAGAGACAACGGACUGCUCUUAGCCCUGACAUUUCCACCUGGCACACGCAUGCAUUUUUAAUCGCCAUUUCACUGUAGUCCCGGAGGCGCUGGAGGAGACCGUGAAUCUUAGAUGGGAUAGAAACAACAGGGGAGAACUGAACACUGGGCUGUGGCGGGAGAGACUAUGGGCCUCGGUCCAAACUGGAACAACUAGUGUAGCUAACGCAUACUAAACUAGAGCUCAGGCACUCCAAUCCAGUUGUAAAGAAAGAAUAGCGUGUGUGUGAAAUUACCAGGAGAUUUUGUCAUAUUUUACACGAUUCACCUUCUGAGAUUAGGGUUACAUACCUUGUCGGAUCGGCAACUCAAACUAGCGACCUUUCGGCUACCUGGGAGCUUCAAGCUCUCGUGCAUUAUACCCUGGUUCUUACCUCAUCCUCUGGGAGAUGGAGUCCGGAAACAUUUCCAGGACGAUUUAGAGAAUGUUAUUCAGGGAAGUGCUGUUGGAAAGUUGUCAGCUCUUGGUGAGGCUCUGUGUGCCUUGUUAUAAAUAAAACGCUGGCCAUCUGUUAUGAACAUUGUGGGUGAGUGAUGAGUGUUUCAUUUGUUUGUGCACAAAUAAAAAUCCUGGCUAUUU